CAAUUGUCAGUGAAAUAGAGAGUUCUGUCAAUAUCAACACAACGAUCAUACUGAUUUCUAUAUUUUAGAUUUAUUAAGUUAAUAAAUAACCGAUGAAGAAUAGUUAUGCUCAAUAUGUAGAAGGAUAUAAAUCGAAUUGAUGUUUACUGUUAUAACGAGUGAAAACAAGAUGUCGUUGGAACAAACGGCUUGCGAUGACUUGAAGGCGUUCGAGAGGCGCCUGACGGAAGUCAUAGGAUGUUUGCAGCCUGCUACAAUGAGAUGGAGAAUUUUACUGACAGUGGUGUCUGUAUGCACAGCAAUAGCAGCAUAUCAUUGGUUGAUGGACCCGCUCACGCCAGUCGUCUCUCUCACACAGUCUCUCUGGAAUCACCCAUUUUUUGCCUUUACAUCAACUUUUCUAGUGCUACUAUUCAUGAUGGGUGUGCACAGAAAGGUAGUGGCACCGAGCAUCAUAACGGCGCGCACGCGGUCCGUGCUGAACGACUUCAACAUGUCCUGUGACGACACCGGCAAGCUCAUCCUAAAGCCGCGCCCCGCCAACACCUAACACAUCAAUGUACAUAUUUUAUAAGUUAAGAAUAAAUUGUUUCAUUGUU